CUUUUUUCAAUUAUCUUUUCCCUAUUCGCCGUAAAACCCUUCUGGCUUCGCCAAAAACCUCAUCUAUCUUCUCUCAUUUCACUAUAACCUCAGCCCCUUAACCCUAACUCAUCGAUCAAUCCUUCGCCGGAAAAUGGCAACGGCCGCCAUGUCCUCCACCGUAUACCGAUCACUAUUAGCCAUGCGCUCCACCAACAAGUCAACCUCUUUCCUCCUCUCCAAACGCCUCUACCAUUCCACCAUUUCGAACCCACCGCCACUUCCCGGAUUCAUCCGACCCGCCUUCUACCGCUCCGGUUCACUGCCUGCAGUUUCACGCGCCCUCGGGUUCGUUGCUCCUUCCGGACAUCGUGUAAACACGAUACGGUGUAGGGUCAAUCGUUCUGGUUCCUCGUACUCGCCGCUUAGUUCCGGGACAAACUUCAGUGACCGGCCACCCACUGAAAUGGCUCCGCUCUUCCCUGGUUGCGAUUACGAGCACUGGCUUAUCGUGAUGGAUAAGCCCGGCGGUGAAGGCGCUACCAAGGAGCAAAUGAUAGAUUGCUAUGUUCAAACACUUGCUAAAGUCCUCGGCAGUGAGGAAGAGGCCAAGAAGAAGAUAUACAAUGUCUCAUGCAGUAGAUAUUUCGGCUUUGGUUGUGAAAUUGAUGAGGAGACGUCUAACAAGCUUGAAGGUUUGCCAGGAGUGUUGUUUGUUUUACCAGACUCUUAUGUUGAUGCAGAGAACAAGGAUUAUGGAGGUUUGUGAGCCUUUUCUUGAUGUCCAUUAAUAAGUAUCAACUUUUGUUUAGAAGCCUUAAUAGGCCAAACCUAUAGCUCUUAUACUGUUGCUUUUGCCCCCUUGUCAUGCAGUAUUUGUAUUUAUAUAAUCCUGUUACUUGUUGUGGGCUUAAGUAUUUGUUCGAAUGUCACUUUGGGCUCAAAGAUAUAUGCUAUGAUGAAAUUUUUUUUGCAUGCCGUGUCUUGGAUGUACUUGGCUUGGAUAAUUUUUUAUGCAGCACUAGGGCAAUAUACAUCCAUAUCAUACAACUUCAUAUAGUGAGAUGAAGUCUUAGUUCUUGUCAUUGUUUUAGUCUGGGAUAAUUGGAGUUUUUUGUUUUCAACGUGCGUCUUUGGAUGAAUACCAUUUGACAUCAAAGUAAAGGACAUUUCUGUGCUAGAUGCUAUAAUUUACAGAAGGACUUGACCUCAUUUUGAUGCAAGUUGUUCUAUGUAAUUAAAUAGUAUUUUGUGAAUGGUAUCAAUAUUUCCCGAUUUUAACAUUUGGAAAUGUGUCUGAUUUGGCAGCUGAACUUUAUGUGAAUGGGGAGAUAGUUCAAAGAUCACCUGAGAGGCAAAGGAGAGUGGAGCCAGUUCCCCAAAGGGCUGGUGAUAGACCAAGAUACAAUGACCGAACUCGUUAUGUGAGACGCCGUGAUAACAUGCGGUGAAUGGUUUUAACACAUCUUUGAGGAAUUAUAUGUUAUGUAGUAGAUGAAACUUGAAAGCUUAUCACUAAAUGGUUGUAUCUAAUGUGGUGCUGUGAUUGGCUGUAGUUUGACGCGUGAGACUAAAGUUAAUAAUCUUUUUACUUUUUUUUAAGAUUUAAGAUGGUUUUAAGUUUCUGUUUGAUUCUUGUACUUCCUUUUCGCACAUUGGUUUAUUAUGCUCAGUUGUGACUUCUCCUCUGAAGUUUUCUGUAGAACCUGCAGUAUGAUUCCCAUUUUUCUUCGGCUGUGCUUAAAUUUAUGCGAGUUGAGAAAGGUAUUUGUAACCAUACGAAGAAAUUGGAAGUCAUUUCUAGUUCUCUUGGGUGGCUGUCCAGGUACUGGAGAUUCAGUGACCUGAGAUCCAGUACUCAAAUUUUGCUUGUGGCUUGUAUUUCGUGUGAUUUAGUUGAUUUCCGACUUGCUUUGGUAGAAAAUGGAGGGAUUAAAGAUGUAUCGUUCUUCAUUUAUAAAGAAAACGCCGAAAAUGCACAUUAACUAGCUGCGAAGUUUCGAAAUAAGAGACGUAGUGUUUUCCGCCUAAUCUUGUCUGAAUUGAUAAGCAGGGAGGGGGUCUCUUGGGUUUUCCACUUUUAUUCAAUUAUUCUGUUGUACUUCAACGUCUCCAAAAUCAUUUGGGCUCAAGUUGUGCUUUACAUUAGAAACUGCUUAUAUUUUGGCCCUCAUGAGUGGUAUUUUCACAUGAAUUGGUUAUUGGGUUCUCUCUUCCACGAAGUUUUCACAUGCAAACUAUUGAUAGGUGCUUUCUCCAAGUUGGUUUCAUCUCCGCUGACCUUCAGUACUCGAACUUCCUUUCAUGACCUCAAAGAAAUCAAUGAAACAACAUUCAUCAGAGGCAUCACCUUCUGCAGGAUAAUCCUUCUGUCACGGAGAUCUCAAGUCCUUUGUUGACCAGAGGAACUCUUCGAAUUAGUCUCAGCUCUCUAGAUCUUCAAACAUAUCCGGAACAAUUGUAGAUUCACUCUCAUUUGUGUCAUCUUUGAAAUUUCCUCACUUUAGUUAAUGCUCAUUUUACCGGUACCCUCUUUUGAGGACAACCGGGGCAAUGGCGGCUUUUCAGGGACCGGUUUCGAAUAUACAGGCUGAGCUGCAAAACCUGGAAGUCUCAGAUUUUACAUAAUGUUCAAUGUCGGCGGUUUUUACCUUAACCGGCUGCAAGUUAUGGGCACUGGGGCUUUCAGGGCGAUUGAAAAGGGUUUUUUUAGGGGUAAAGGAGGGAGGUGUGAGCCAUGGGAAUUUUGGGAAAUUUGAUAAGAAAAUGAGAGAGACCUAGUGGUCAAAUAUGCCCCUUAAAAACCGCCAAAUAAAACCCCAAUUUCAGUUUCGUAGUGGACCUAGUGGUUUAGGGGAUCACACAGCUUUGCUCCGCUUCUUUCUCCACCAAAUCGCCGGCGGGGGCUUCCGGUGAGUUUCAUCAUUUCGUCCACCCUCUUUUGUAUCUUUUGCGUAUUCUGUGAGACCUUAUUCAGUUUUGGUUCAAGAUUGAAUUUUCAGAUUCGGGGAUUAUUUUGGAUGAGGUUUAAUGAUUCUUUUCUGUGAAAGGUUUUUCGUAGUUUGUAUCGAAAUGAAUCGAAUGUUUAUUAUGCACAAGAACCAGCUGUAUGCUAUUAUGCCUUGUACAAAAACAAUAAUUUGUAUGCACUUAAGCAAGCA